AUGGCUGCCAAACUGUUACAUUCGUUGGCUGAUGAUAAUCCAGAUUUGCAGAAGCAAAUUGGAUGUAUGACUGGUAUAUUUCAAAUCUUUGAUCGUCAACAAAUGCUCACCGGUAGGCGCCUCAGCCAUAAGAAGCUGCCUCCAGGUGAAUCUAACUUAGUUUGUGGUUGCUCAGACCGAGAGUCUUUCAAUACAUACAAUCGGCAUCAGCCUCUUGAUACAAGCUUGAACAAGAGUUCAAAUGAAAAAAAAAAGAUGUCCUCAGAAUCAUCACGAGCUUCUUACUCGUCCUCGUGUUCCUCUUUAUCCUCUCUUGAAAUCAGGACAGAUGAACCCGAAACCUCAUCUAUGGAUAGAAUAAUCUUUCCUGAAACUCCAUCAAGGGAUCCAGUUUUAGCUCAUCAGCCGAGUACCUGUUCAUAUUCAGAGAGGCACUCUGUUGAUCUUCGAGAUGUUGUUAAGGACUCCAUGUAUAGGGAUACCAGAGGGCUGUCAGUUAAAACCAUGUCAAAAGAGGAAUCAAAGGGAAGUAGUGCUCUGAAGCAUAAAGAUUCUCCAAGGCCAUUGCAGCACACUAAGUCAGCAGCAGAUGGACCUUAUAGGGUUGUAACAAACAAUAAGGUGAAGCAGAAUGUACCGGUUGAUCAUCUGCAUGAUUCGUUACGAGCUCUUGCCAAGAUUCGAGAGGCAACUUGGUAUCACAACGAAACUAGAGAACAGGCAAGACCAUCAUCGUAUGAAUCAAAGGAUGUUUGGAGUACAAUUACAAAGGAUGCCCCUCGCUUUUCUUAUGAUGGUAGAGAUUCAAAUCGUUUGUCUUUUGAAUCACGGGAUACCAUAAGAGCUACUACCCCCAAGCUUAAAGAGCUUCCCAGGCUUUCAUUAGAUAGUAGGGAACGCUCUAUGAAGGCUGCUUCCAUGGCUGAUUCAAAGAGACUCAGUUACCUCUCACGAGAUUUACAGCAUAUUUCAAACUCAGAUGAACGGGUUUACAAUGUACAGCAGCUAUCAGGGAAACUGAACAGGCCUCCAAGUGUGGUUGCUAAGUUAAUGGGGUUGGAGAUGUUACCAGGUUCAGCAUCAGCCAGUCAAUCAGCAGGCUCACUUCCGACGUCAAUAGACGAACAUACUGAUCUAUUCUCAAGAUCCUUCAAGCAAAAUGAUGCAAAUGUUGGUAUCAGGAUUCCCAUGUCUCCAAGAAGCUUGGCAAAAGAGCCAGUCAUCUCGCCAAGAAGGAAGAAUCCCGAUCAUUUAAUCAUGAAACCUAUUUCAAAGUUGCCAAUUGAACCAGCUCCAUGGAAGCAGGUGGAUGGAACUCGAGGGGCUCAAAAAUUAACUCUAAAGUCCACAAAGGCCGUUACAGACAAGACUCAAAACUCAUUUCCCUCGGUGUACAGUGAGAUCGAGAAGCGAUUGAAGGAUCUGGAGUUCAAACAGUCUGGGAAAGAUCUGAGAGCUCUUAAACAGAUUCUAGAAGCAAUGCAAGCUAAGGGACUCCUCGAGACUGGGAAACUAGAAGAGCAGGAUUCCAAAUUUGGAACAACUCAAGCAGAUAUUGACCCGAAAAAGUCCACUACCAAUCAAAGGCCAAGAUUGCCAAGGAAAGAAAAUCUGGCCAGUACAUCUGCUACAGCUAGAGCUUCUAAUUCCCGGAGGACUUAUGAGUCCCCAAUUGUGAUCAUGAAACCAGCGAAACUAGUUGAGAAAUCUGGUCUUCCUCCUUACUCGGUGAUCCCCAUUGAUGGGCUUCCCAGAUUUCACAGAAUUCACAAUGGUGGAUAUGCAAGUAGUAGCCGGGCGAUUAAAGACCAGUUACCAAGAAACAAUCACAUAGAAGCACUUUCCAACUCUGGUGGCAAGAAAACAAGUGGCAGCUCUGGGAUAAGAUCAAAUCAAACUUCUAAGCUUCAGCAGCCAACAAGAGAGAGUACUAACAGCUUUGCAAGGAGCACAGGGUCAGUAAGCCCGAGAUUGCAACAAAAGAAACUUGAGUCGGAGAGGAGAUCUCGCCCACCUACUCCCCCAAGUGAUACUACAAGCAAACCAAGAAGAAGGCACCAAUCUGGCAGACAACCAACACCAGAAUCAGGUUCUCCUGGUGGUGGGAAGCAUAGAAUCAGGUCUCCUAAACAGGUACAGAAUGAUGACCAACUGAGCCAGAUUAGUAACGAGUCAAGACCUUCAAGCUAUCAGGGCGAUGACAUCAUGUCUAUGCAGUCUGACAGCAUAGUUACAGUCUUUGACCUGAAGACUGAUUCGGAAUACAGUAGCGCUGAUCGAUCUGGUGAAGUUCAAAGUCCACCAUUGAAGGCAGCUACUACCAAUUAUGUGGUUUCUUCUCCAAUGCUGUACAGUAAAGAAGCUUCAAGCUUUGAGGAAGAGGUGGCUUGCAUGGAGCUAGUUGUUGCUCCUGAGCAACCUAGUCCUGUCUCAGUCCUUGAUUCUUCGUCAUAUAAAGAUGAUGCAAUAUCCCCAGUGAAACAGACACCCAAUAUGCCUGAAGGUGAUGGUGUUCAGAAUUCCACAGAUAGUCAAAAUGACGACCAAUGGAACUCCUCAGAGGCCCUGUCCAACAACAGCACAAGCUCAGGUCUCAUCUCUGACAUCAAUCGCAAGAAGUUAAAGAACAUUGAGAAUUUAGUACAAAAGCUUAGACGGCUAAACUCUACACAUGAUGAAGCUAGCACAGAUUAUAUUGCUUCACUCUGUGAGAACAAUGAUCCAGACCACCGAUACAUCUCCGAAAUCUUGUUAGCUUCAGGUCUGCUACUUAGGGAUCUUGGCUCAGGCCUAACUACAUUUCAGCUUCACCCAUCUGGUCAUCCCAUCAACCCGGAGCUUUUCUGUGUACUGGAGCAGACGAGAGCCAGCAAUUUGCAAAUGAAGGAACAGAGCAGUGGCCCCAUGAAGGCGGAGAAAUUCCAGCGUAAGCUAAUAUUUGAUGCUGUGAAUGAGAUCCUUGUUAAAAAGUUGGCCUUGGUGGGCAUCGUGCCAGAACCACGGCUGAGGUCUGGUAAACUUGCGAGGAAGACCAUCACAGCACAGAAGCUUCUGAAGGAGCUGUGUGCGGAGAUAGAACAGCUUCAAGUGAAGAAAUUGGAGGAAUGCGGCUUGGAAGACGAGGAGGACGGUCUGAAAGUUAUUUUGUGCGAAGACGUGACACGAAGAUGCGAGUCUUGGACAGAGUUUGAUGACGAUGUUUCCGGGUUAGUAUUAGAUGUCGAGAGGCUGAUUUUUAAGGACUUAGUUGACGAGAUUGUGAUGGGAGAGGCAGUCGACGGUGCGAGAGCCACCAAAUUAGGUAGGAGGAGGCAGCUGUUUGCGAAGUAG